AUGACGUAUGUGUCAGAAGAAGAAGCCUUGUGGGUUUCUAAAUUAGAUUUAGAGGAAGAAUCUAUAAGCAGGGCAUGUUUCUCUUUCGACAUUAUGAGAUGCAAGAUGUGUUCUGAGAUUUUUCAUGCAAAGUGGCAUGAAGAUCAUCCAUGCUUUUCGAAAGAUAUAGAUAAGCAACUCAAUCAAAGGAUAGAGCCUAUUACCUUUGCAGAAGGGCGCUUGAAGGAUUUUUCUGGAGACAUACAAAGCUAUGAGUAUCUUAAAGAGGCUCUUCGUAUAAGACCUGUAGUCAACAAGAUAUGGAGACUUCCUCAUGCACUAUUGGCUGAAGAGAGAAAACUUUGGUGGAAAUGGAUAUACGGAAGCUCGGGCAAAGAAGAUUACUAUUCUGAUGUCUCAAAAAAGCAAUGGGACGUAACCCAUUAUGGACAAAGCAUUGACCCAGCUAUCGGAGACAUUGCGACAUCCAAGCGACCUGCAAACAAAGCUGGAGAGUGUAGAACGAUCUACAAAAGAAGCAUAUGA